UCCAUCGAGGCGAAUUUCGAGGCAUUCAAACAGUCCUAUCGUGAAUCCACUGAUCUUUUGGCUUCGGCUUUGAGUGAAAUGACCAGUGUCCAUGAUUUUCUCGCGGUAGCAGACGAUCAAAUGCGUGAAGAUUUUCAGAAAUCGCUUCAAGCACUGUCGGAACGAAACGAGACUGGUGUUCAACAGACUUCGGGUGCAAUGCAACGACGUUCCGCUCACGUGUGUGAUGUGGUAAGCCAAAAACUGUCCGAACAAACAGCAGAUCUAGAGUAUGUGGAUCACGUGAUGGAGAAGGUGACUUUGUUACGCGAUGAAUACACACCCACAUUUACCGAAGUCUCUCGUGAUACAUUGAGUCGUUUGGCUGCACGUCAUCGCGUUGAAGAGGGACGCUAUAGACAAGCUGGGUCAAAUCUUUGUAGCGCUUUGCACGAGGUCCGUCUGGCUGCUCUCAACGAGUCUAAUUUGCCAUCCGAACUGGAGGCAUUGCGUUUGAAACAAGCCACUAGUGAGCUGGAAUUGGAUAAACAUUCGGUGGAUGGUGCCCGAUCAACAAGGACGAAAUCACCGGAUCUUCGUGAGUUAGUUUUAUUUUUGUGUAAUAUUGUCCUGAUGGUUCCAAAGCCACAAUUUUUUUCAUACUGUCAAUAA